GCUGUCGGCAAGGCCCAAAGGUGGGCUCAGCCCUGAGGGUGAAUUGUGUCUUAAGGAGAAGCUGCUUGUUACACCCCAUUCUGUUCUCCUCAGGCAGGCAAGCGGUGGGAUGGGCAAGCGGAAGAACGAGCAGGCACCAGGAGGAGAUGCUAAACGUGACGCUCCCAGAACCAAACAGAGCCUUUGGGAAGGCUCGGAGGCGACGGCAGGAGACGGCUUAGAUGCAACGGGGCUGGCUCAGGCCAGUGAUGCCGAAGGAAAACUGAAGCCAGCUGCAGGAGAGGCAGAGGAUCAGGUAGAGAUGACCCACAGCGGCGCCGGCAAAAGCGGACCAUGGAGUGACGGGGAGGCGGUGGCUCCAGAGCCAAGGCAGGAGGGGAAGCAUGUCCCACAGGAAGGAAGAGACACCGGCAGCGGCGGAGGCGGCGAGUGGCCAGAGGCAGCUUCCCUGGGAGCAGCGUCUCACCCAGAGUCACCCCAACAGGCAAAUCCGGCGCUGGAUGAGGCAGAAGAGGAUCAGCCGGUGGCGACCGCGGAGGCGCACGGAAGCGCCGGCGAGGACCCAGCCACCGAUACCCAAACUCACCGCGGAACAGGGAAUAUCGGUGACAGGCCCGAGCACGGCUCUGCCGCGGCAGCGCAGGAGGAGGGGGCGGCCGGCGGCGGGAUCGCCCUCCCUGCGGACGCGCCGGGCCGGAGCAGCAGCAGCGGCGUGCCGACCGAGGCGCCGGACCCUCGCCAUGAGGAGGGAGGCGACGGCGGCGAGCGCCGAGGCGACGCCGACCAAAGCCAGGAGCCGCCGCGCGCGUCUGUUGGAAACGCCGCAGAAAAUGAACCCGGCGCCGUGUCCGAGGGGGCGGCUGUGGGAGAGCGCCGGGAAGGCGCGAGCGGGGAGCGGCCGCCGGCACCCGGCACGACCGACGCGGUGAAGAGCGCGGCCGAAUCCCUGCGGGAAAUGCCGGGAGAGGCUGACGUGACAAAUGAUGAUGCCGGUGGGGGAGACCCCCCAGAUCUGGCCGCCGGUGCAGGGGAAGGCGAAGCUCUCGGGGCGGAGGAUGCCACCACGGACGCGCCGAGGACAGACGUGCAGCCCCCGGCUCGCUCCGGCCGCCUCCUGUGUGACGGAGGGGUCGCGGGGAGUGCGCUCGCCGAUCCGGCAAUGCCGGGGCCGGCUCCCACGGGCGCGGCACAGCUCCCCGCCGCAGGCACCUGUUCGGCUGUUGGCGCGGACCCCUGGGACGAGGCCCCUCUGCCCGCGGAGCUGCUGGGCCUCCUGGAAGGCAAACCCCUCGUGCUCCCGCCACAGCCGGUAAAUGCACCGCGGUCACCGAGUUACCGCAACACAAACCCCCCAAACCAACUGAAAUAA